AUGAAGGCCACAAGGUCCAUGCUCGCCGCCGCCCUGGCGGCCACCCCGGACCUCAGCGACAUAACACAGGGGAUCUCGCCAGAACUCUUCGCCCGCCUCGACCGCAUGGCCUCCCUCUCCAUGGGCGUCUACACGGGGGCGCUCUGCGGUCCGCCGGCGGGCUUCUCCCGCGCGGGCUUCAUCAACGAGACCACGUACGACAUCCAGGGCCAGGUCCUGCGGGACGACGCCGCGCGCGAGGCGGUGGUCGUGUUCCGCGGCACCGCAUCCGACAGGAACUUCCAGGUCGACCUCAAUAUCACGCUGGCGCCGUUCGAGAGCGCGGAGGGGAACUGUGCCGGGUGCCUGGUGCACGGCGGGUUCUACCUUGCUUGGACGGCGGCGAGGGAACAGGUCCUGGGGCUGGUGAAUGGGGUGCUGGGGGAGUUUCCUGGAUAUGGGGUUGUUAUUACUGGGCAUAGUCUCGGUGGAUCUAUGGCCUCGCUCGCUGCCACGCAGUUCCAACCACUUUUCCCAAACCUGACUGUGUACACCUUUGGGGAGCCCCGAACGGGUGACGCUCUCUACGUCCAGGCGGUGGAGACCAACUUCCUCGCGGCAAGCCCUUGUACCACAAGGUACUUCCGGUCUACUCAUGAAGACGACGGCGUCCCCAACUUCCCGGGCGUGAGUGACGGAUAUCAGUCCUCGACCCGCAACUCGUACUGGCAACGAGACCCCGUAGGUGCCAAUAACACGUUCGUAUGCACGAGUACCAGCGAUUUCCAGACGCAGAGGCAGUGUGGUGAGGGGAGGAAUGGGUCUGGGAUCAACGAGGCUCAUCUGACGUAUUUUGGUCACCCGUUAACGAAAGUAAAGCUCGAGGCGCUGUUCCCGUUGGAGAGGUACUGUUGGACCUGA